AUGGCCCUGGCCGGCCCAAGGAAAAGGAUCUGUGCGUUCUGGGCUUUUGUCCUUGGGAAGGAUGUGCUGACGGUCAGUGUGACCAAAGGCUCACCCGGGCCUGAGGCUCUGAAGCCAACAGACCCCGUGCAGGUGCUUGGCUGGAUCCCCUUCUUCCCCUCUCCCACCCACACCCCUCUUGGCUCUAACCCCGGCUCCCUCUGCUUUGCCUCGCUGACUUGGUGCUCCUGGGCCGGGCCGGCGGGGGGCUGGGGGGGCCACGGAGCCCGGUCUCUGAGGCUGCUCCAGGUGGGGAAAACGGGCAGUGGGAAAAGCGUCACCGGAAACAGCAUCCUGGGCAGGAGAGAGUUCGAGUCUAAGCUCAGCAGGGUGGGGACCCUUACCCUCCAGCGCAGCGUCCGCGGCUGGGCACGGAGGGAGCUCGAGGGAGUCGACACACCCGACGUCCUGUUCCCACUGGUCGGGCCGGAGGCGGCGGUGCGGGCCAUGUGCGAGGCGGUGGCCUUCUGGGCACCCGGACCGCACGCGGUGCUGCUGGUGACGCAGCUGGGCUGCUUCGCCAAGGAGGACCGGCGGGUCGUGCGGCGCCUGCAGCAGGAGGCCUUCGGGGUGCGCGUCCUGGCGCACUCGGUGCUGGUGUUCACGCGCGUGGCGGCCCUGGAGUGCGGCUCGCUGGAGGAGAACGUGCGGACAACCAGCACCUGCCCCAGCUGGACGCGGUGUGCCGAGGCGCGGGAGCUGCUGCAGGUGGUCGAUGGCGUCCUGUGGGAAAACGAGGGCCGCCCCUACAGCCCCCCGGCCUACCGGUACUCCCAGCAGCGCAGCCUGCUCGGGGCCGCGCGGGACACGCAGAUUCACCCAGGGCAGGGUUCCGAGCCCCCCCCCCCCCCCCCCCCCCCGGAGCCCCUGCUGGAGGGACUGUGCCAAUUGCAGAAGGAAUUCGAGAAGGUUCACAGACAUCUGCUCAGCAGGGAGCCCAUUUGA